AUGGAGAACACUUCUUUUUUGUUCAGCUCUGCACUAACCCUCGACCCAUUUGUUAUUCCACCUGGAGGAAGAUAUCCCAUCUUUUUUCUCGGUAUUGCAAUUUAUUUGUUUAUAAUUUUUUGCAACCUGACCUUGAUGACACUGAUCAUUUUCAAGAAGAAUCUUCACAAGCCCAUGUAUUUUAUCCUGUUCAGUCUUCCUCUCAAUGAUCUGAUAGGCAUAACUGCCAUGCUACCAAAAGUACUUUCAGACAUUGUUACUGAGACAAAUAAGGUUUACUACCCUCUCUGUGUUUUACAAGCAUUCUUACUCCACAUGUAUGGUGGUGGAAUUCUGUUUAUUCUUGCAGCAAUGUCUUUUGAUCGUUAUGCUGCCAUCUGCAUGCCGUUACGCUACAGUUCUUUUAUGACCCCCAGAGUGGUGACAUGUAUUAUCUCUCUAGUUUGGGGUCUUGACUUUGUCUUGAUUGUGUCAUUGUUCUCUUUACAGACAAGGCUUCCCAGGUGCAAAUCUGUGAUUAUGAAUGUGUUCUGUGAUAACCCAUCUCUACUGAAGCUCACAUGUGGAAACACGACACUCAAUAAUAUCAUAGGAUUGUUUAACACAGCUGUCAUGCAAGCUGUAUCUGUGUCUAUUCAAGCCUUUUCCUAUGUGAAGAUUCUGAUUGCAUGUGUGUUUACGAGGAGGUCUGAGGAAAAGACCAAAGCUGUCAACACUUGUGUUGCACAGUUGCUUAUAUUGAUUAUAUUUGAGAUUGUAGGGACAUUCACAAUUUUAUCUUAUAGGUUCAAAAAUGUCUCAGGUGACUUACAAAAGAUAAUGGGCAUGCUAAUAUUUCUUGUACCUCCACUUUUGAAUCCAAUUGUUUAUGGGCUGUAUACAAGUGAAAUACGAAACACUCUUCUGCAAGUUAUGAAAAAGAAAAAUAGACUAUUUACCUGA